AGAGGAGGGCGCUCCCACCUUCAUCCUCUGGGACGAGUAGCGCCCGAAGAGGUUCUUGGUGGAGGCCUCGGUGCCCUUGAGGAUCUCCACGAUGCGCAGGCAGUGGAAGUAGUGCAGGGAAAGCGGGAACGGGAGAGGCCGGAGCCGGGGCUCACUCCCGCACCCAGCAGCUUGCUGGUCUGGAUGUCGAUGGGCACAUUCCGCCAAUCGCCUGCCCCAGCGCCCGCGCCUCGGCCAAUCAAAGCGCGCUCCGCCCAGAGGUCCCGCUCCCGCCAAUCAGAACUCGCGGCUCGGAGGCAGCGCCACGUCCCUGUGCUUCCAUUGGAUGAAGGGGAAAGGGCGUGGUCAGUGCGGACCAAUCGGAUGGCCGACGGGCACGGCUGGUGGAAGCUGACGUUCCUGCGGAAGCGCCAGGCAGCGCCCACGGUGCUGUACGAGAGCCCCGAGGGCCCCGCGGCGCCGGGCGGGGACGGCGCGGAGGGGACGGGCCCCGAGGGGACGCCCGGCUUCGCCGCCCGCCUGGAGAAGAUCGUGGACAAGAGCACCAAGGGCAAACACGUCAAGGUCUCGCACUCCGGGCGCUUCAAGGAGAAGAAGAAAGUGAGGGCGACGCUGGCCGAGCAUCCCAACCUGUGCGGGGCCGGCGAGCGCGAGGAGCAGUGACCCCGGCGGAUUGUCGCCCCCCGGGGACAGGAUGGACAGGAGGACUCAGGAUGGAAUUUACCCGUGCGAGGGAUAACCCGUGAGCUGCGGGGCUGAGCCCGGGGCGCAGCGCUCCCCGUCCCGCCCGCUGCCCAGCGCUGGCUGGUUCGUACUGGGAUGGACACUCCCCGCCCGGCUCUGCCCCGAUCCCGUUCCCAGUCCCCUCCUCCCGUCGCGUUCUGGGGCCGAGCCCCGCUCGUGUCCCAGUCCCGAGGGGCUGCAGAGCCGCCGAGUCCCCCCCGAGGGGGGAUGCGACACUUCCCCGUCCCGAGGGAGCGACGCUGCGGGACCGAUCCCGCCGCGGGGACCGCGGAGCGCUCCCCGGAGGAGCCGCUUUCCCCGGGAAUCGGUCCCGGAGGAGCCGCUUUCGCCGGGAAUCCCUCCCGGAGGAGCCGCUUUCCCCGGGAAUCGGUCCUCCCGGAGGAGCCGCUUUCCCCGGGAAUCGGCCCCCGCUGCUGGAAGCGGGGGUCCCGCCCCGCGGCCCGGGAUGCUGGAAGCGCUCGCGCCUGCUGCUAAUUAACUGUGGUUAAUAAACCCAGCCUGGGAGCGGA